AUGUCUUGGCUUAUUAAGAAAACCCCAAAGACAAGCAUCGCCGGUAUGAAUCUUACGCGAGAGAAGGCACAGAAUUUAGUCGAUAUAUGGCAAUGGCUUGAAGAUGAUCUACACAAGCAAAUCACAGACAUCGACGCCUUCCCAAGCAUCACAGGAACUGGUUCCUUCCAUGCGCUCAGCCAAAUCCAACAGCGCCAUUCUCAGAUAACUAAACGAAUUGAGGAUCUGAAUCUCUGCAUCCCGACAUCGGCAGACUCAUGGCCAAAGGAGUUAUAUGAUGCAAAGGCUAGCAUGGCGCGCAAAGUUAAGGUCUGUAACGAUAAGUCUCGACCAUUCUCACUAGGAUGGAAACAGGCCGCGAAGCAGUUCUGGCCACUUAUUGCAGAGACAUAUACACUCAUCCUUGAGCUGAUUGGUCGUCUCAAGCAAGAGCUGCGCACCGCUUUGGAAGACGAAAAGACAUGGACAGAAACCAAGGCGAACAAACUUCUACGGCGUGCCAGUGUCCAGUCUAUCCUGAGUCCCCCCUCCACAUCCAACACAGACAUGAAACAUGUUGUUUUUGACAAGAAGGUCACAGUUCGAUAUUGUAACAUCGGUGAAGCAUUGAACGAGGAUGAUGAAGGCCAUGUCGCCUAUGGUGCUGCACGUAAAAUCGACGAGUUUACCACGAACCUGAAGAACGAUAAGAAGAAUACGGCGGGCAAGUACAAACGCCGAGCUUUGUUUGAUCGUGCGACUCGCCCAGGGUCGGCGGAUACGGCGGACGAGGUGGUACAAGAAGAGGUCUCGGAGAAUACGCCACAGGAUUCCGUCGCAUAG